AUGGACGACUAUAAGCAAGCGAAGGAGGCCUUUGUCUCUGGGAUGACAGGGUCCUCAAUAACACAUAUCAACUUGGUCUCAUUGGCUGCGCUGUCUUCAGUCGCGUUAUACGCCGUCCUCUACAACCAACGACCAGAUCGAAAAUUUGGCUUCCUAUUGUCAUGGGUGGUUCUCGUGCUACCCUUGCUUCUGUCGAUGACCCAGUUCGCGACCCGACCAGGUCUCCUUAACCUUCUACUCGGUGGUCUCGCCGUGGCCCUAUACCACUGGAUGCCGAGGAAGGAACCCCGUUCACCCCUGCCAUGGAAGCAACAUGCGCCAAAGGAGACUGAGAAUCGCCCAGGCCAUCUACCUCCACUACCAGCAUUGACGACGUACCGGGCACACAUGAUGCUCAUGACUAUACUGGCUAUCCUCGCCGUUGACUUUCCUGUGUUCCCUCGUAUCCUUGCCAAGUGCGAAACGUAUGGAGUUUCUUUGACUCAGAUGGACCUAGGAGUUGGAUCGUUCGUCUUCUCGCAGGGGAUGGUUUCCGCCAUUCCACUGCUCAAGAACCCAACUUACUUGACCUCGCCAUUGGGACCCAAGCUUGUGCGCGUCGUUCGAAAGGCCUUUCCUGUCAUCCUUCUGGGAGUCGCCAGAGUCUUGGCCGUCAAAGGAACAGAGUACCCAGAGCACGUCACUGAAUAUGGAGUGCAUUGGAACUUCUUCAUCACCCUUGCUGUGGUUCCCAUACUUCAAACAUUACUCCACCCAGUUCUCGUAUACCUACCGAUAUCGAUGGUCGGUGUACUCGUCGGAUUAGGUCAGCAGCUGGCGUUAUCACAACUCGGUCUCAGAGACUACGUCCUAAACGCUCCACGCGACAACAUCAUCAGUCAGAACAAAGAGGGAAUCAUCUCAGUUGUGGGUUACCUCGCCAUCCAUUUAUUGGGGUUGUCAGCAGGGACGAUGGUCCUCCCUCCGUCUCCGUCGUUCUUCAGGAGGCGCCAGCAAGCUUUGGCUGAGCAACGCAGUUCCAAGGAGGCCAAAACUCAGAUUGAAGAACUCGACUUUUCUAGCCCACGUCAACUUGGAAAGACCGCGACAGAGCUGUGCUCGUACGCCAUUCUGUGGUGGGCGUUCUUGGGUCUAACUCGAUUGCUGAAAGUUGGUGGGGUGUGGGGUGACGAGGGCGGCGCUUCAAGGCGAAUGGUCAACUUGCCGUACAUCCUCUGGGUAGCAGCCUACAACGUCACCUUCCUCCUCGCCUAUAUCGUCGUUCUGGAUAUCUACUUCUUCCCUGGACCCAAGCCGAGCAAGGCUCGGAAGGACCCUUCCCAUUCGAACUACUUCACCGCGCCUGAAGGCAAUCCUCCAACCCUGCUCGAGGCAAUCAAUCGACAUGGCCUCUCCAUUUUCCUCUUGGCGAAUGUAAUGACAGGAAUCAUCAAUUUGUCCAUGAAGACCAUGUACGCAUCCUCCUGGCUGUCGAUGUCUGUUCUCGGGGCGUAUUCUUUGGUGGUGUGUGCCGUAGCCUGGUAUUGGGAUCGCUUACCCCGUCUAGGAAGUCAUCGAAAGCGAGACUGA